UUUUGUUCCAGCUGAACGACUUGUAAAACGUUUGACAGUUUGAUUACUGAAUGAUAGCGAGACAUUGAUAAAACAUCAUGACUCAAAACUACGAAGUAUUGCAGGUCUCGUGUAGAGAAUCCGAAGCACUGUUUGCUAUUUUUAGAUCGAUAUGUGCAUAUGUAUAACACCAAAGACACCGUUGACAGCAGUCAAAGCGAAACUAGAACUUGUGUAGGAAAACCGAGCUGGUAAAUUUAGAACACGAAGCAAUGGAGGUAAUUUAUUUGAGACAGAGCAAGUUUUCAGAUGAAGAUCUAAGAAAAAUUUCACCAAUAUUAUCGAAGUCCAUGUUUUUCACCAUGGCAAGCAGCUGCAAAACGGAAGCUCAAAAGAAGUCCAUGUUGAUGCUUGAGUUCUUGUAUCUUUCAAGACAUAAACAGACGGUGCGGAGGUAUUUUGGAGGAAGUGCUGCAGAGGGAACAGCGAUAAAAACAAGCGAUGUCGAUAAAAUGAUCGUGGGACCGAACAUUUAUGUAUGUUCUGAACAAGCAGAUGGAGAGCAGGUUAAAGGUCAUGUUUUUCUAAUGGACGCAAGUGACUCCUCCCCGGGUCACACGAAACUUGUUCUUUUGAAGACAGAUCCAAACAUUCCAACAGUAUUUGACCAGGGCAACACGCUGUAUGAUAUGCUGGAAGAGACUCAAGAUGGCAGACGUCUACUCUCCAGUGAAAAGGUGGUUACGUUUUGGAUGGAUUUUAUGAGGAAGAGACAAACGUCGACUGGGCCACCGGAAACAUUUAGACAUGGACCAUGUGCAACAACUGUGACCACAGAUCCUCAAGGUUACAUCAAAAAUGAAAUCGGGGGAGUGAUAGAGCAGGAUUUUGCCCAUGGUCUUCUGUUUUGUAGUCCGCCUUCUAUGGGAAAGGAUUGGCUGAGGAAUCGAGUCAAUUUCAGUUGGCCGUCACAGAAAAUUGUACAAAAGAUAAUGUCUUUGAAAUGUCAUGUCGUUGCCGUUGGGGAUAAAAUGUCCCAACAUUCCUCUUUAGAAUGGAGGAUUUCAUAUUUAUUAUGGGAACGUGAACUCGUUUGGAGUUUUAACGACAUACAGCUUCAAUGUUAUGUUUUGUUGAAGGCCCUGUUGAAAAAAUACAUAGAUCCCGUGGCUCCCGAUGAGUUGAGUUCAUACCACAUGAAAACAAUCGUGUUUUGGGAAUCUGAAGAUACUGAAGAAAAUUGUUGGGGACAAGAAUUCUUAAUCCCCUUCCUACGAAAUUGUUUGUGGCGCCUAAGUGAGUGCGUUCUAAACCGUUCUCUUAAACAUUUCAUAGAACGGGAUAAAAAUCUACUUCUGGGGAAAAUGUGUGAGAUCGAAAUUAAAGAAAGUGUUCUUAAAGUGAUUAAAGACAUAAUUCCGGAUAUUAUUACUUACUCUUUGAAAUGUAUUGACGGCAUUGAUUUGACAACUACUUGGCAAAAGAGUGACCACAAUAUUGAGACUUUCCUGAGAAAAUGUCUGGCUUGUCAUAACUCCCGAAUAACAUUUGAUUUUAAUGAUUCCAAGCUGCCAGUGAAGGUAUAUCAUUACGAGAGAGCCUAUGCUAUUGGGGUUAACGCUGAAACAGUUUUAGCCGAUUUUAGUACUCUUGCCCAGUACCACGUGUCAUUGGAGGAAUGUGACAGAGAUAUUGAGGUAGACGACAAAUUCAAACGAUCUGUUAAAAUGUUUAUUCACAUGCGAUCCGCGAUGAUCUUAGCAAGACAGUUACUGUCAUCUAAGAACAAUGCAGCUGCGAGUGAAACAAUUCAAAAGCUCAUGAAUUUCAUGGAGGAAAAUUCAGCGCUCGAUGUUAUAUCCGGUAAAUUGUAUGUGGUUACAUGUUUACUCGCUUUUGACAAACGAGAGGAAGCAUCAAGAGAGCUCCAAAAUAUUGCCUCUUCCAUUAGAAAUGCUAGUGUAUUAAUAUACACAGGUAUGUGCUCAAGUUGCGAAAUAAUGCGACCUUCUGGGGAGACCUUGAUACAGGAAAAAAGAAUCCCUCCAUGUUCCAGCUCCCAGAUGGAGUUCUUGUCGGUCGCACAUGAUGCGAUCUUUGCACAAGAGGAUUGUCCAGUCCUGCCUGACGCGUUGAAGUACGAGUGCAUGGUGGACAGAGCUUUCUUGCUUCACCCAGCAGUGUAUUUCUUUUAUCUUAGAUGUUUGUGUCGCAAAACGCAGGAAAAGAUGGAAGAUAUUGCACGUUUGCAUGCUGUAGUUAACGAUUGCAACGGAACUUUACACAGCUACAGGAGUUUUAACAUUUUAGGGCAUUGUUACUUUGAAAAUGGGAAUUUCCAGUCGGCCUUUGAUUGUUAUGCGACAUCCUUUUCGCAAACUGUACAGAGUGGCAGACCAAAUGUUGCCAUCUAUAUGUUGCUUGUUAUUCUGCUCAAUAUCUUCCAAACACAAGGAAGCGAAAACUUGCGAUAGUUUUGAUAUAUACCAUGACGAAUUAAUCAAAAUGGUUCAUUUACAAACUGUUGUAAAUAAAUAGCCCCUGUAGCUUGACAAAUUACAGAAACCUUGCUUUAUGUCUUUUAUUACAUGUAUGGAGACUUAUUAACUUUAGAUGAUAAUUAUUGUAUUUUCCUCUCACUUAAUCGAAUCACAUUAAUCACAUUGUAUUUACUAUAUAUUAUUUGUAAGGUGGACAAUCAGAGAGAGAGAGAGAGAGAGAG